AUGGAGUCUGCACAAGAAGCGGAAGAGCUGGGACCUCAGGCAGAAACGGUUGCAGACACAGUUCUUGAGGUCGGAGAGAGACUCUUUCAGGUCAGCCGAAGGGCACUUUCACUACACAGCCGUUACUUUGAAGCGAUGUUUUUUGGGGGUGCAAGAGAGAGCACUGAACAACAUAUAGUGAUCAGAGGGAUCGAUGCAGCGCCUUUUCAGGCACUUCUUGAGUUUACUCGCACAGCCCAAGUGCUUAUAGGUCAAGAAAAUGUGAUCAGCUUACUGGAAACAGCUGAUUUUUUUCAGUUUGACAGGGUGAAACUGUUGUGUGAGAAAUUUCUGGAGAGGGAGCUGCAUGUUUCCAACUGCCUGGGCCUGAUGACCUACUCACAGCAAUUUGCCUUUGUAGAGCUGCAUGCAUCUGCUAUGAAUGUGGCUCUCACCCACUGGGGGGAUGUGAUGUGUCAGGAAGAAUUUAAGGCUCUACCCAAAGAAAUGUUGAUGCACUUCCUAAAAAGUGAUGAGCUAUUUGUUCCUCGAGAAGAUGUGGUUUUUGACAGUAUUAUGAGGUGGAUAAUGGAGUACCCAGCAACGAGGGAGGAAGACUUCUUGGAUUUGGUGGGCCAAGUCAGGGUCACUUUUCUGAGUUUGUCCUUCCUCGAUGUCUUGGUGAAACGCAGCAAGCGCCAUGGACAGACAGAUACCUUCUCCAGACUAAUAAGGAAGUUAGACAGCUGUCCUCCACCCAGCUGGCAAAAUAUGAAGCUGUGUCCUAAUGCUGGUCGGAGCUAUGACACCUUAUAUGUCCUGGGAGGAAAGCAUGACAACGAACAGCAAGAAUUAUUUCUGUUUCAACCUAAAACAGGGACCUGGCAGGCUUGUUCUCCAUUGCAGCGCAGAAACCUCACGCAAUAUGCAGUGGCAGCAGUAGGGAACUUCCUUUUUGUGACAGGAGGAUAUUUCCGGGAUGAGUUUGUGUGGUAUAGUGUGGAUUGGGUGCUGAUCUACAAUUGUUUGAGUAAUAGCUGGCUGGAAGGGCCUGCCAUGAAGAAGUCUCGCAAUAGCCAUUGUGCGGUAGGAGCAGGGCUCUACCUGUAUGUACUUGGAGGGAGCACAGAUGAAGGGAUAAUCGCAACGGUGGAGCGCAUGGCUUUGGUGGACCCACAGUGGGAAAGCAUGAGUCCUAUGGUUCAACCUGUGGAGAGAGGAGAUGCAGUCAGUGUGGGGACCAGGAUCUAUGUGGUCUGUGGCCUGGAUGAAAAUGGACAUGUCUAUGGUGGAGUGCAAAGGCUGAACACAGAGACGGACAGCUGGGAUGUCAUCUCAUUUUCCCCACUUCCAAGGUAUGACCUCUGCAUCACAUCACUGAAUGGUGCUCUAUACACCAUAGGAGGGGGAGCUUUUCGAUUUGAUGUGGAAACAGAUGAAUGGACUCAUGUGGAUGAGGAAUGCUUGACCAAGAAGUUCUUCAUGGGAUGCAGCACUGUUAAUGGACAAAUUUAUCUCCUUGGACAAAGAAAGGGGAACAGUGCCCUUCCCAUUGUAGUCCUCUUUGAUCCCUAUGUUGAUAUGUGCCAGGUCAUAGAGAACAAACUGCCUUGCCCUCUUCCUAUUCGUGGCUGUGUCUCUGUGCGAAGGUUUGAUACAUGGGCAUGAGUGAUACCAGAUCCAACAUAAUCAUAAAGAAAAAGUCAUGUGCUUUACAGAUGAUGGGAACUGCACUGUAUCAAAUUUGAUUUGUGAAAUUUUUAAAAUUUUAAAAAUAGAUCUGUAUAAUUCCUAGCUUUUCUGGUUUCUACUUGGCAAAUAUCUUGAAGCAAAAGCCGGUGAAACCUUUGUGACUACAUGUGGUUUGCAGAUCAUUACUGGAAAUAGUGGUCGGUGUUGGUAUGAGUACACAAAUG